AUGAGAAUUCUGCUUGUCAAAACAGGGGAAAAAAAGAAAGGAAAUCGCAGAUUGGUUGUUGCUUUCUUGGCAUUGAUGUGCAAAACUCAUUGCAAACGGUUGACGCUGAUUUUCUUUUCGUUAUUGAUUCAGAGAACAAAGAUGUUGUCUGACCUAUUGAUAUCUGUAUCAAAAGCUGAGAGACAAGAAGCUAGAUUAAAAGUGCGGCAAGAUUCUUUGAGACUUGGGAAUGUGGGUGUAAUCAGAGCUGGAACUAUCAUAUCCGAGACCUGGGAGGAUGGGCAAACACUCAAGGAUAUUAAUUCUCAUCUUCGACAUCUACUAGAAAUGAAGGAAGCUGUUGAGCGCCAGCGGAAAUUAUUGAAGAAACGACCGUCAGGGAGUGGGAGGAAUACGAGACUAGCAUGA